AUGAAGAUUCCCAUUUCAUGGAAGACGACUGUUUACAACAAAGUGGACCCUUUUUCGGACCAAACGAAAAAAAAAAAGAGUUACCCCAAAAAUCAGAAUCUGGGUCCACUAGUUAAGAAGAGGCUAAAAUGGAAAGCAGAAAAGCUAAUUCGAAAUUGGGGGAAUUUUAAUUUACCUUCUCUGGCUAUCUUGACUCCUCCAAGCUCAACAAGCGAGGCGGCCGCUGGUCCCCGCCACCUCUUCUGGGAGUGUGCUUUGUCAGAAGGAAAUGCAGCGGCGGCUGAGGAAGUUGAGAUAGAUGAAAAGUGUAGGCAGAGAGCACAGCUACUUUUGCGCAGAAAGAUGGAAGAAGAUCUUGAGAAUAAGGUGGAGUUUGCUAUUGACAGCGCCAUGGAAACAAAUUCUGCCCUCUGCUCAACUGGCUGUGAGCCUGUGACGUCGGAGUUCAGCUAUAGGCUUUGUUUGGAUAAGCGUUAUUUUAUGGGUUUAUGA